GAGCGGCACAAAAGUUCGCAUGUGUUUUACACCGAGUGUCAGUGCUAUUGUGUUUCGUCAAUGCGAAGUUAAUUAAAUAAAAAUAAAAUAAAUACAAUGUUGUGGUUACCGGUGCUUGUUAUUUUCACCUUGGCUCUCGAAGGAGCGUUUCAUACGGAAUACAAUCCAUAUCUGGAAUCAUUGAGAAAUAGACCGUGGAAGAGUUUCCAAAGCUAUGUCCAAGUGCGUCCAGGGGCAUUCCUUUUUUACUGGCUGUACUACGCAGAUGGAACGACCGACGGGGCUUAUCGGAAGCCCCUUGUAAUAUGGGUGCAAGGCGGGCCGGGCCUGGCUGCUACCGGUAUAGGCAAUUUCGCGGAGUUUGGUCCGUUAGAUAUGGAAAUGCAGCCACGGAAUCAUACCUGGGUUAACGGGAGAAAUGUGUUGUUAAUAGACCAUCCCGUGGGAACGGGGUUCAGCUACGCCACCAAUGAUUCCCUGCUUGUGAAGACUGAUCGAGAAAUGGCAAUGGACUUAUCAAAAGUAAUAAAGGCGUUUUUCAAGAAUCAUAAAACAUUCCGCAAAACUCCAACAUAUUUGUUUGGACAGAGUUACGGUGGCAAGUUAAGUCCAAGAUUGGGAUAUUAUCUACACACGGCAAUAGAAAAGAAACGUCUCAAAAUGAACUUCAAAGGCAUAGGCAUCGGAAGCGGAUGGGUGUCGCCAAGGGAAAGUACCUUGGUCCAACCGGAUUUCUUGUACCUUAUGGGUGUCAUCGACCAGAACACGUAUUUACGCGCCAAAGACAUUGUGAAGGACAUGAGUAUGUUUAUAGACAAAAGUGAAUUUAUGAAAGCGUUGAGACUAGAUUCGAUAUUAUUCGUAAUGUUUCACAGAGAAGGUGAAAUGGACAUAAAUAUGAAUAAUAUCAAUCAAGUCAGUCCAUACCCAGCCUUAGAUAAGUUGGCAGUGAAAGUGAAUAAAUAUGUGAAGCCAAUGCUGUCUCACGUGGUGAAUCAAAAUUUGCAGUGGAGUUACCACUCGGAAAAAGUUUUCACAACGCUUUAUAAGAACUUUUUCGUGCCGUCUACUAAAUUCUUAGAAAUGCUUUUAAAUAGCACGAAGCUAAAGAUAGCCGUUUACAAUGGAAACUUGGACGUAGUGACACCGUUAGCUGGUGCAUCGAACUGGGUUCACAAGUUAGAGUGGCCCGGCGCCCAAGAGCUGAAGGAAGCGAAGAGACAGCCGAUCCGAGGUUUCAGGAAUGGGUUCUUUAAACAAUCCCGACAGUUGAGCUUCUGGUCGGUCUUCGGAGCUGGCCAUUGGAUUCCCGAAGACAACCCAAUGGCGAUGGAGCACAUAUUGGAACAUAUGCUGGAAGCAUCUAAUUAGUUCGAAGAUGGUUAAUGGUAAAAUAUGCUUAGUCUGAACCCCACAGAUAGUUUUAAUACAUGUCUUUUAUUAACGGAGUACAGUACGCCGCCUUAAAAAGUAAAGUAGAGAAUGUAAGGAAUCCUAUAGGUAUACUACAACCGUAUGUAAAGUCCCAGCUCCAAAUAAUUGGAGAGGAUAUAGAAAUUUAAGUUACAUAAAAAUCAAACAUAUUUAGAUGAUUAAUUAAUUUUGUAAUUCAAUCUUAUUAAUGUCAAUAUAUAUACAAUAUGUUUACAAUAUUAAACAACAAUAAUGUUUGACAAACAUGGUUUCAUACAAGCACCACAUAAUAUUUCGACUUACAGUGAAAUUUGUUCUAGUUCAUUUUUCAUUUACAUUAAAUUCAUUGACUAAAAUAAAAACAUAAUUGUAUUAAAAAUACAAUAAAAUAAAUGCACAUAUACAAUAAGCUUGUUGAAAA